UUAACAGUGAGAAAAAAAAAUGAAUAUCACAAAAACUUAUGUGAUUUUUUUUCUUGUAGUGAUACUUACAAACUCAUUCUCCAACAUCAACGUUUUGGCUUCACCGGCAGUAAUCGAAACAUCAAAAAAUGAUGUAUGCUUUAUACCAUGCACAGCAAGAUACCGAGAGUAUGAAUGUUGGUUUGACUGCACUUACAAGAAAUUCAAAGAUGGAGCAUGUGUUAAUGGACGAUGUUGUUGCAAAAAAUAAUAUUAACCGAUCAAACUAUUCAAGCUGUUGAAUUAUGAACUUUUUUUUUCGCAUCAUGAUUUAUGUAUGCUUUUCUAUGAAAUAAAAUCUCAAUUUUAUUA